AUGCACGACGCCCUUUCCCGCGAUACGGCAGCGGAGGAGUCGCAAGAAAUCAGCCGGAAGAGUAGUGUGAGCAGCCAGAAGGAGGCGGUACCCGCGAUCUCGAGUCUGCUGGGCCCGCAGGUGGCGAACUGGCCCUACUCGGAGACGUCGCUGAUCCACGCGCUGGAGCUGAAGGUGGAGCAGGAAAAGACCAAGCAGCAAUACUACAAGCUGGAAAACGUCAAUCGGUCCAUCGACCUGGUGAAGACGGCGCUGGAGGCGCAGGUGCCGGGGCACUUCAUUCCGCUGCUUUUCAAAUACAUGGUGAAUGAGGACGCGAAGCACGAUGUGCUCGGCGAGAUAGGCAACUGGGGCCCCGCGGGCCCGACGCGAAACGCGGCGGGCGCGAUGCCCGUCGCUGAGGCGCGGACAAAGGCCCCAGUGGGCUACAGGUUUCCACCUGAGACGCAUAUACUUGCUCCUGAAGAGGGGACACCCGUACGAGCGGUAGCGCGGUCGCCCACUGUGAAGAAUGAGCGUCGCAAGACGCGAUCGCCAGCGCGCAGUUCUACGGCGGACGACCGGGACCGGGCGCUGUCGAAGCUUGCACAAGACAACGAAGGAGAGCGCAAACUGCGGUCGGCCUUCCUUGCGCCGGCGCCUCUGCACGGGUCACGCGGGCACCGCCGAAAUAUCUCGUUGCCUUCGUUGCAGCUCUAUCACAGGCAGACACCGCUACAGCAAGCGACGGGCUCGCCUGAGAAAAAGCCGCUGAGGACGGUGCUGAACUUUGGCUCCUGGCAGUCGUACAAUCCGCAUCUGCAAAAAACGAUCAGUUCCCAACAAGGUGUGCGCAAGCACCGCCGCGCACGAUCAGCCUCUACCUUUGGGGUAAUCGAUCUCAACCAGGCUCCUCAGUCGCGCCCAACCGACGCGGACACUCGCUCACGACGUUCGACAAGACCGCAGUCGCCUCGCAGCACCCCCGAGUCCGGCAAACCGCCUGCAAGCAACACUUACGAUCUUGAGUGCGAGAAUUUCAAUCUGCCCAGCGAGCCUGGUACACAUGAGACUCCAAUGCGGAAGCCCAAUUUCGCAAAUGAUCUCUUAAAUAGUUAG